AAACCAAGAAACUUCUCCACAGCGCACAGACACAUACACACCUCUCUCUCUCUCUCUAAGUGCUAAGUGGUGUGUGAUUCUUGCAUGUUGAUGUUUCUGGGUGUGUAGUUGAAGGGGUGGAGUGGGAUUUCUGAGAGGGUGGAGUUCUGGCCGGGUUAAGGGUGGUGCUGUGUCGAAUCGGCGGGCAGGCGGCGGAAGGUGAGGAUUAAGGUGAUGGAGUGGUGGCACAAGGUGGUUUUCCCGGUUCGGAGAGUUUGGUGUGCUGUUUCUGCCCGUGUUAAGGCUCGCAAGAAUGGGGCCGGGCUUCUGAAACUCCACGACGACAUCCAAACCUGCGGGUACGAGGAUGUGCAGAUUAUGUGGGAAAUGUUGAGACAGACGGAAUCCGAAGUCGUUUCACGUCACAGCAAGCGCAAGACUCGAUGGUUCUGCAGAAAUUUCGCGUGGUCCAACCACGGCGCAGCAGCUCCAUCCUUCUCAACUGACCAAACGGACCGAGAAACUCUCUGAACUAGUGGUUGCCAUCGACAUGGUACAAAUGUCGUUCGUGCACGCAAACUUUGCCGUUUUUAGGUAUAUUGCAGAAAAUAUAUAUGUAACUAUCGUUCAGUUUGAGCUUGUGAUGACUUCGCAAAAAUGAAGUCAUUUUGUAAAUAUGCAUCUUGUUCUGCCAUCUUCCUGAAAGGAGUUUUACAGUGGAAAGAACCUUGACUUCACCCAUUUCGAACUCA